GGCAUUCCGAUUCUCUCAUCCAUCAUCGGGAUUACCUCCUCGUACACUGUAUUCCGUGCGGCCCGGAUGUUCGUCAGACUCUCCAUAUUAUAUUUAGGCUGAGCACAUACGAUAAGAGAAGGCCUUAAUUGAAACUCCUGUAUUGAUCCCGCUUGUUGUUCAUCCUCGUAACUCCUCUGGCGCUUGUCACUUUGACCUGCUCUCGAAUGCCUGAAACUGGCGCAUCAAAAAAUUCAACGGUGGAAGCGAAGUGAAUGAGUACAAUGGACAAAGACUUUUUGAAGGGCAACCCUGAACGCUCAACAUCAUCUGACUCUACCCCAGUCUAUGGCGAGUCUACAUCCAGACGCGCAAGCCUGGGACAGCGGGUUUUAGGAAGCUUUCAAAGAGACCCAAAUGCCCAUGUCACUGCUUUCGCGUCAUUUUCGGAUGGCAAAACAUAUGACAUCGAAAAUGCGACAGAAAAGGCAGCCAACUCUCCGCUACAUCGUAGCCUAAGAGGUCGCCAUCUGCAGAUGAUUGCUAUCGGAGGCUCCAUCGGUACCGGCCUGUUCGUCAGCUCGGGGAGGGUCCUUGCUACGGGAGGCCCGGCUUCGCUCCUCAUCGCAUAUGCAUUGAUUGGAUGCAUGCUCUACUGUGCUGUACAUGCCCUUGGGGAGAUGGCCGUGAUAUUCCCCGUGGCUGGUUCGUUCGCCCACUACUCGACUCGCUUUAUUGAUCCGGCCUGGGGUUUCGCUAUGGGUUGGAACUAUGCUCUCCAAUGGCUAGCAAUUUUACCCUUAGAGAUCGUGGCGGCUGCAAUCACCGUUGAUUACUGGGAAUCGAACAUAUCCAGCGCCGUAUGGGUUGCCCUAUUCUGGGCGGCGAUUGUCUCCAUCAAUCUCUUUGGCGUAAAAGGUUAUGGUGAAGCAGAGUUUGUGUUCUCCUCCAUCAAAGUUAUAGCUGUGAUUGCUUUCAUAAUACUCGGCGUUAUCUUGAACUGUGCCGGAGGUCAAAAUGGGAGUUACAUAGGUGUCAAAUACUGGCAUGAUCCUGGGGCAUUCCACCAUGGCUUCAAAGGGCUGUGUGAUGUAUUUGUUAAUGCUGGGUUUGCAUUUGCGGGAACCGAGUUGGUUGGCCUUGCUGCAGCCGAAACUGCCAACCCUCGCAAGUCUUUACCGACGGCCAUCAAACAGGUUUUCUGGCGGAUUACGCUCUUUUACAUUGUUUCCCUCACGCUAGUGGGGCUUUUGAUUCCCUAUACCGAACCCCGACUUAUCAACGGAACCUCCACUGUCGACACCAAGGCAUCCCCAUUUGUGAUCGCCAUCAAAAAUGCUGGGAUCGAAGUGCUAGAUUCCGUGAUGAACGUUGUCAUCAUGAUUGCCGUUUUGUCUGUCGGGAACUCAGCUGUGUAUGGCUCUUCUCGGACUCUUGCUGCGCUUGCAGAGCAGCAGCAAGCCCCUCGGUUCCUAGGCUAUAUUGACCGUAAGGGCCGACCUUUGUGGGCCAUCUGUAUUGCCUCGGCGAUGGGCUUGCUGGGCUUUUUAGCCGCCACUGACAAGCAAGAGGUCGCUUUUGAGUGGAUGAUCGCGAUAUCUGGCCUUUCGUCUAUAUUUACCUGGGGUUCCAUUUGUCUAGCCCACAUACGCUUUCGUCGCGCAUGGAAGGUACAGGGCAACAGCCUGCAUGACCUGGCGUUCCGCUCCCAACCCGGAAUUAUAGGCUCGUGGAUAGGCUUUGCUUUUAACUGCCUUGUUCUGGUUGCCCAAUUCUGGGUCGGAUUUGCGCCGAUCGACUAUGAAACCAUGUCGGCGAGUAUGCUUGCCCGCAAUUUCUUUUCAAAAUACCUGGCGGCACCAGUUGUUCUUCUCUUCUAUAUACCAUACAAACUGCGGUUCAAAACCAAGAUCCUCCGGGCGAAAGACAUGGAUUUGCGAACGGGUCGGCGGGAGUUGAACAUCCAGUGGCUUAUGAAAGAGGAGCGAGCGCAACAAGCUGCAUGGCCUGCUUGGAAGAAAAUCUAUAAAUUCUUUUGCUGA